GGAAUUUGUUGGAUGUGGUGAAAAUUUCGUUCAAAAAUCAUCAUCCACUCGGCGACAACUACUGCAAGCUGCACACUAGGCAGAAUGGCAUCGCCAGAAUACUACGAGUACUACAGCGACGAGGAGCCGGAGCUACACGGUGAGAAGCUUGAGGCCGAUCGCAGAGUUUUCAACAGCGUCACGGAGCAGGAGCGUCUUACGGCGAAGGAAUUCACACGCAAAGCGACGCUGAUCACCGAGGAAUGCGGGGAAGAAGGGCCGAAAAUGCUGAAGGAGAUUCUGUGCGUGCUAGGACAAUACAUGCCCGGCUUACCGAAGGAUCCCCGAACCGCGUUAGAGGGGUUCACGGAGUCCUGGGACAACGAGCCCAUAGAGAUGCAAGGAGGCUUCUACUGGCAUCGAGGUUUAGAAGACGGAAUUCGUGCCAACAAGACCACCGACAACAAGGAUCUCACAUUUGACAUUCACGUAGAUGAAGUCCCGCUGCCCCAAUUUUUUAAACCGGAAUUCGCAGCUUGGGUUAUCCUAGCGCGGCUGCACGAAGGCUCAAAACCACCGGGCGAGCCUUUUGCCGUUGGUGUGUUUUGUGGCGCUUCUACGCCGAGGUGUGAGGAGUUCCUGGAGCCGUUCAGCGAAGAGGCGGAACGGUUGUGCGCAGUACCACUGAUGGUGAAUGGUGAUUCGGUAACCGUUAAACCACGAGUAGUGAUUGCCGACGUUGCCGCACGGGCAUUUAUUAAAGCGACGGUCCAUCAAUGCAAUUACUAUGGGUGCACAAAGUGCACCAUAAAAGGAAAGUUUGUCUCUGGAUUCAUCAUCACGUUAUACACCCAAAGGAACGCCAAGCGACGGACAAAUGAAGAGUUCCGGCGAGGAGUGUACGCAGGUACCCACCAAGAGACAUCGUGGGUAUCGUAA